AUGGCAUCGACAAAGAUGACGACGUCGACAACAUCAUCAGAAGAGGAAGAAGAGAACUGCGAUCCAAAUCUAGGAUGUCAACGCGAUGCCAGUAUACUUAUAUUGAUCUUCUUGGCCAUACUUUUACUAUCUGUACUGGUAGUUUAUUGUAUCAUUCGAAUCGACCUACAUUAUAUUCCAGAGUCAGUGGCUGUCAUUGUCUUUGGUGUGAUUGUUGGAAUCAUUGCAAAGUACACUCAUGAUAGGUUUGUGGACCAUGUAUCAACGUUCAGUCCAGAACUAUUCUUCCUCUUUAUCCUACCCGCUAUCAUAUUUGAAACUGGAUUCUCACUCAACAAGACUGAAUUCUUUGGCAACAUAUAUCCAAUCUUGGCUCUAUCAAUCAUUGGAACACUUAUUGCAUUCUUUGGAGUAUCAUUUGGACUCUACUUAUUCGGCAAAGCAGGUAUAUCUCUGCCACUGCCCAUCUUUGACUCACUGAUAUUUGGUUCAAUAGCAUGCGCCACUGAUCCCGUGGCAACAUUGGCAAUAUUCAAGGCACUUGGAGUUGAUCAGAAACUAUAUAUGAUUGUACUUGGUGAGAGUAUACUAAACGAUGCAGUAUCACUCAUUAUAUUCAAGGCAGUCAAUACAUACACAGUCUCACAAGUAUGGAUACCAAUACUACUAUUCAUUGGAAUAUCAAUUGGCAGUGUUAUAAUGGGUCUACUAGUUGCAAUGAUACUAUCACUCAUACUCAAGUGGCUCAACCUCUUCAAAUAUCCUGCUAUCGAAACACUCUUUGUCAUUCUAUUCGCCUACAUAUCAUAUUUAUUAGCAAAUACAGCUUACCUCUCUGGUAUCCUAUCAACAUUCUUCUGUGGAUUGACAUUCCAAAAGUAUGGAUACAAGAGUCUUUCAGUUAUACAUUCUUCCUUUGGAGCAUUAGCAUUGGCAGUAUUCCCAUUGAUUGCACUGUUGAACAAGGUCAAAUUGUCAAAUAUUAAUGGAAGGAUACAAUUUGUUGUAUUCUUGUCUGGACUUAGAGGUGCUAUAUCAUUCUCAUUGAGUCUCUCUGGAGAGUAUCACUCAGAGUAUCAAGAUUAUAUCAAGACACAAAUGAUAUUAUUGGUCUACUUUACUAUAUUUGUAUUUGGUCUAUGUACAUAUCCAUCACUUAAGGGACUGAAGAUCAAGUCGGCCGAUUCAGAUCAGACGAUGGAGUUCAUUGGACAGCCCCUACAGGUGGAACCCUUACCACGACGACGCAAGAUCAGGACAUUGUUCUCAAAGGUCGAUGAGAAAUACCUGACUCGCUUCCUCACUCGCAGACAUACUCCAGGUCCAAAAGUGGAUGAACAAUCAAUCAAUGUGGAGUUGGAGACACAAGAUGCCAUGGAGUCAACAACAAAUGAUCAAGAUGACAAUACAUAUUAUAAUGAUGAUCAGGUCGAGGAUGACAAUGUGCCUGCAUCAAUUGUUGUAGAAGCCCGUCCUGGUCAAGAAGAUGAGGACAUCAAUGGCAAGCGUGGUGGUGUUGGUGGCAAACUUAAAACACAUCCAAGCAAAGAGGAGUUGGUCGAUCAAGACGAGAGUCCAACAAACUCAAACAAAGACAUUCAAAUGGACGACGAUGGUGAUGAAGAUUGUGGAAGUAGCAGUACAAGUAGUCAUAAAUAA